AUGAUCGUGCGGGAGAGCCCCAAGUCGAAAGUCAAAGACAACCAACCCAACUGGCCCCCACAGUCGUCUGUCGAAGCGCUUCUCAGCUCACCAUCCGGACGUAAAAGGUACGAGAGCCGGCGUCAGCGCGAUUCAGCCUCACCAUCCCCCUCGAAACGACGCCCCAUGUCGCGCGGAGGUGUACAGGCCGGCAGCGAUGGAGAGGAGGAUGAGGAGACGCUUCAAUUGCAGCUACAGGCUAUCGAGGCUAAGCUGAAGUUGAAGGCGCUGCAGAAGAAGAAGAAUGAGUCUCUGGACAUGGACCGUAACGGCGCAUCAUCGCGAGCGAGCAUGGCUACAAGUAUGCGCAGAAUCGACCUCUCGCGACCCGACAGCAAACACGAGACAGAUGUCGAAGUACCACGCUCACCAGUACGCAUGCGACAAGCGCCUACUGAGCCCAGGAGUCCUGCGCGGGUCAUGUUGGGCAUAGACAAAGGACUUACAGCCCGCGAUGUUAGUCUCAAGCGGCCGGGAACCCCUGGGCGACUGUCACGGUUGGGCUCAUCAAGAGGACCAGAAACGCCAAAGAUCAAGUCCUUCAGUGAGCGCAUCGCAGAAAGCAGGAACAAGGAGAAGGAGCGUGAAGAGAAGGAGGACAAGGCCGAGCAGAGGAGGAGCAGGGGCUUUGGCUUGCAGAAUAUUGAAGGAAUCAAAGAUCGACCAUCACUUUCACGAACGAGUUCCGACCAAAGCUCGCGCGACAUGCCACCGCCGGCCUUGAGGAAUCACAGCCGAACACAAAGUCUGCAAAGUCGGUCAUUUGGGAAUCCACCUACCCCAAGGCCAGGCUCUACACUGUCCUUCAGACCCGAAAGUUCACGCCCAACUUCAUCCGCUUCGAAAUCUUCCUCUAGCAGUUUUGGCACCACCCCGACCGCAGCAAAGUACGCCGAGAUCUCAUCACGCGACGACAGCACGGAUGCGCCCAGCUUUGAAUCGUUCUCUGGUCUACACCUCAAGUCUAGAGAAAUGCAACACAAUGUUGUAACACGCACGCUCGAGGGCAAGACAGUACUCACCAUACCACAGUUAUUGAAGACCGUCAAAGCGCCUGAGUACGACCCGCCAGAUUGGGAAAACGACUAUGUAGUUCUUGGGGUCAUCUGCUCAAAGUCGACACCACACAACUCCAAGAACGCAGCAAAGGAUCAGACCAAAGGCAAACAGGACAAGGACAUGGACCAAAACGGCAAGUUCAUGGUCAUCCGUCUGACAGAUCUCAAAUGGGAGCUUGACCUGUUCCUGUUUGACACUGGCUUCUCGCAGUUCUGGAAACUUCCCCUUGGCACGCUGGUUGCCAUUCUCAACCCAGAUAUCAUGCCACCACGGAAUCGCGACACCGGCAAGUUCUCCUUGAAGCUCAGUAGCUCUGACGAUACCAUACUCGAACUCGGCACAGCGCGAGAUCUGGACUUCUGUCAUGCGCAACGGAAAGAUGGGAAAGAAUGUGGUCAGUGGAUCGACGGCCGCAAGACCGAGUUUUGCGAGUUUCACAUCCAACUCCAGGUUGAGAAAGCCAAGAAAGGUCGCAUGCAAGUCAACACCAUGACCGGCUUUGGUGGAGGGCCUGGCGGCGGCAUGUUCGGCGGUCGACGUGGUGGCCCCAAAGGCGAUGAACUCAAAAGGGAAGGCAAGUACCAUGAUCGAGAACUUCACGAGACUGUCUACAUCGCACCACGGCCCGGCGGCGCAGCCAAACUCAUCGACCGAGACCACCAGAACUGGGAAGGCGGAGCAAAUCGAGAAGAUCGCUUCCGCAGACAGUUGGCCGAAAAGGAGAAGGAAAGGGAGCUUGCCAAGAAGCUUGGUACAAUGGGAGAUGGCAGUACGGGAGGUGACUACAUGAAACUGAAGGGUGCUGGUACUCAGAAUCUGCCCGCAAGAGGGUACACGUCGUCGCAAGGUUCAACAGGUGCAAAGCCUGACAAGCCGGCCGACACCGACUUUAGUAGUCUGCUUAACCGUACGUCUGCCGAUGUUUCUUUGGCGCCCGUUAAACGUAAACGAACAGCAUCAGCGAAAUCAUCAACCUCGAGCGACCCCGUCGGUUGGGGAUUCAAGUACGGCCGUAUCCCAUCACCCAAGAAGGAAGUGCCUUCUGCAUUCCGCGGUACACGAGAAGCCAGUCCAGCAAAGAAGAAAGCUCGUCUCUUCUUGGAUGGAAAAGGCAUUCGCGAGCCAGGACGAGAGAGUUUAGGUGGUUUAGAUGCUGGACUUAUUGCUGCUAUGGACGACGACGACGAUGACUUGGAAGUUGUUUAA